AUGUCUUCAUCUAGUGCGGACAGUGGUCGCAAGAGCAGUGGCUUUUCGAGAGGCCUUUCUAGAUGUCUCAGGAUGCUAGAAGUGCCAGUAGGUGAAAGAGAAACACUUAACGUGCUUAGAAACCCGGACCUUCAACCGAUUCCUGCCAAGGAUCAAACUUGGAACUGGGCAAGUAACAUGGCGUACUGGGGAAUUAUCUCCUUCUCCGUGGGAACCUGGAUUAGCGCCAACGCUGCGCUUAGUGUUGGAUUGUCUUACGCGGAAACUAUCGGAACCUUUAUCAUAGGUGAUGUUGUAACCAUCUUUUUCACUUUGGCUAACUCAUACCACGGUACAGAUUGGAAAGUCGGAUACACUAUUUCGCAGAGAUUUGUUUUUGGCAUUUACGGAUCCGGGCUGGGUAUUCUUGUGCGGUUUUUGAUGAGUAUUGUCAAUUACGGAUCCAACGCCUGGCUUGGUGGACUGUGUGUGAAUAUGAUCUUGGACUCCUGGUCGCAUCACUAUUUGACUUUGCCUAAUACGCUGACAGACAAAGUUGCCAUGAGCACUAAAGAAGUAAUUGGAUUUAUGAUUUUUCAUGUGAUAACCGCUUUUUUCUACCUCAUGAAACCUAAGAGCAUGAACUACUUUUUGAUCGCGUCUUGUUGUGCUACUUGUAUUGCAAUGACGUGCAUGAUAAUCUAUCUGUGCAAAGUUAAUGGAGGUGUCGGCUCAUAUUUCAAAGACUUGGAAACCACUGUUACAGGCUCCGAGAGAUCAUGGGCAUGGGUUUAUAUGAUCUCUUAUUGGUUUGGCUCUGUUUCACCUGGUUCGACUAAUCAAAGUGACUAUUCAAGAUUCGCUACUUCCAAGACAGCUGUCUAUGUGGGUACCACAUUGGCUUUGUUAAUUCCUACCACACUCAUCCCCGUUUAUGGUGUAAUCGGAGCUUCUACAUCUCAAGAACUUUACGGAUCUGCACUUUGGAUGCCAAUGGAUAUUUGCGACUAUUGGUUGAACAACGGGUAUACAGCUGGUGCCAGAGCUGCCACAUUUUUCUGUGGUUUGGCUUUUCUCUGUUCGCAGAUUUCUUACACUAUCUCCAACUGUGGAUUUGCUGCAGGGAUGGAUUUGAGUGGUGUCUUGCCCAAGUACGUUAACAUUUUCAGAGGUGCCAUUUUCUGUGCCAUGCUCAGUGUCGCUGUUCAACCAUGGAACUUUUACAACAAAUCUGCUUCCACCUUUUUGACUGUCAUGUAUUCGUUUGGGGUUGUAAUGACGCCACUUAUCUCGGUCAUGAUAUGUGAUAACUUUUUGAUCAGAAAGCGGAAUUAUUCAGUAUCCCAAGCUUUCGUUGUCCACGGAGAAUAUUACUACACCUGGGGUGUCAAUUGGCGUGCUAUUCUUGCUUUUGUGUGUGGUAUGGCACCCGGUUUACCAGGUCUUGCUGCCGAAGCAAACCCGGCAAUCAUGGAAACCAUCAAUCCAGGUAUUGUCAAUUUCUACCUUGCCGAUUCUUUCACUUCGUUUCUGAUCUCUUUCUUCACUUAUUGGAUUUUGUGUUUGAUUUUCCCCGUCAAGAUUAACGUGAAGCAAGAUGACAAGGACUAUUACGGCGCUUUUACCGACGAAGAGGCCAGAAAGAGGAAUAUGGUACCAUUCAGUGAAUUACUUCCCGAUGAAAUCAAUGAGUACAAUUAUAACGAGGAAGCAGUAUCGCCACCAUCCUACAAUUCUCCUUCACCCAGCGUCGCUGAUGUUGUGGAGAGUGAAAACGAAAAGAGCGGUGAACACAAAUAA